AUGGUAAGAAACACGUGUGCUUCCCGAGUAGCUGCCCUGAAGUGCAAUGAGCAGUUCUCUUGGAUGUCACACUACUUCAUCCUAGUAUGGGAAGAAGGAGGUUCAAAAAAGGAAGGCAAGAGCAAGAGGAAACGUAAAAAGGCUAUGAGGAGGGAAUAUGCACACCGCAUCUGGAGGUGGAAGUUCUUGAAGCAACUCCAAGAUACUGGGAUUCACAUGGAACAGCAUGUAGUUAAGAGUAAAAAGAGAUCCAUACACUAUGUCGUGCUUGGUGCCCCCUGGACCGUCCUCUGUCAAUAUGCCGAGAUUCUCAGGAUAAAGAUGCCCCUGCAGGUCAUGCCGAGUCAGACUUUUAAUUGGUCCGAAUACCUAAUGAAGAAACUGGGCAUCCCUAACCCGCUCUACCAGGAGGUUCCCCAAAUGCCUCAGGACUACUACACGUACCCGUUCAAGGAGGACGAGUUAUCCAGGUUCAUGGGGAGCGAGAAUCCGCAGACCUUCUUUGCCAGCACCCAAAGGCACCAGAUCCUCUAUGGGAUCUUGGAGAAGACGUCGUUUGGGCAUCAAAGGAGGGGCCUGUUUGGGAUCCAGCAGCUGCUCUCCCAGAAAGUCUUCCACGCAGCCUUCCCUCCACAUGACGGCCCCUACCAAAUCCCUCCCGAGGGACUGCCCUCUCAGGAUUUGAACCAGCGUCAGAUCCUCUUCCGAUACUGGGCCAAGUGGAGCAAAUGGAGGAAGUAUCAGCCAAUGUAUCACAUCCGAAGAUACUUUGGAGAGAAGAUAGCCUUCUACUUUGCCUGGCUGGGGUUUUACACAGCGUGGCUCCUGCCGGCGUCAGUGGUUGGGAUCGUGGUGUUCCUCUCGACCUUCUUCGGCUCGGGCACAGACAUCCCAACGGAAGAAAUCUGUAACGCCUCGACGGACUACGAGAUGUGUCCCUUGUGCGAGGACUGCCCGUUCUGGAAGCUGUCCACCAUCUGCGAGGCUGUGAAGACCGGCCAGCUCUUCGACAACAAGGGCACCGUGUUCUUCAGCGUGUUCAUGUCUCUGUGGGCCGUGAUGUUCCUGGAGAACUGGAAGCGGAAGAGCGCCCGGCUGGCCUACCAGUGGGACUGCUCUGACUUCAAGGAGCAGCCUCUGCCCCAGUUUGCCAUCGUGGCACCGCUGGCCGCCUGGGACCUGACCGCUCACCGAGAGGAGCCCUUCCAGAAGAACGACUUCCAGCACAUAUUCGUGGCAGGCGCCAUCAUCGCUGUCAUGGCGGCCGUCGUCACACUGCUCUUGAUAUCCAUCAUCUUGUACCGGGCUGGCGUCUCCAUCUUGGUGUCCAAAUCCAGCAGUAUCUUCCUUUUGACGUGGGGAGCAGAGAUCUCCAAUUUCACUAGCGCCGUGUUGAAUCUUUCCUUCAUCCUCCUCCUCAUUAAAAUCUAUGUCCCAAUUGCGUAUGUGCUGACCAGCUGGGAAAUGCACAAAACGCAGUCCAAGUUUGAAGACGCGCUUGUUUGGAAGGUGUUCAUUUUCCAUUUUGUCAACAUCUACUCCGUUCCCAUCUACAUCGCCUUCUUCAAGGGAAGGUUUUCAGGUUACCCGGGACACUACGGCACCUUCUUUGGCCUGAAAAAUGAAAACUGCAUUAAUGAUAGCUGUCUUAUCGAGCUUGCCCAAGAAAUGCUAGUCAUCAUGGUGGGGAAACAAAUCUUCAACACCCUGUUGGAAAUCUUCAUUCCGAAACUGCAAUCAUGGAAACAUAAACAAAAGCUUCGCUCCAGGCGUAAGAGGAAAAAUGAGAGGACCUCGGAGACCCUUUGGGAGGCCAACUAUGAGCUUCUGGAAAGCCAAGGGCUGUUUCAGGAAUACCUGGAGAUGGUGAUACAGUUUGGAUUCAUCACUAUUUUCGUGGCGGCCUGCCCUCUCGCUCCUCUGUUUGCCCUUCUCAAUAACUGGCUGGAGAUCCGAACGGAUGCCCAGAAGUUUGUCUGCCAGUACCGGCGCCCCAUGGCAGAAAAAGCCCAGAACAUCGGCAUGUGGUUCUUCCUUCUGAAGUUUAUCACCCAUUUGGCCAUCAUCAGUAAUGCUUUCCUCAUCGCCUUCACGUCCAACUUCCUGCAGAGGACCUACUACCAGUACGCCUACUCCUCCGGCCUGCACGGCUACCUCAACUUCACGCUGGCCCAGGCCCCCAUGACCUUCGUCUCCCAGUACAACCACACGUGCAGGUACCAGGCUUUCAGAGAAGACGACGGCCAGCACUCCUUUACUUUCUGGAGGCUUUUAGCCAUCCGUCUGGCCUUCGUCGUCGUGUUUGAGCACGUCAUCUUCUGCGUGGCGUGGCUCAUCGACCUCGUCGUCCCCGACAUCCCGGCCUCCGUGAAAAUGCAAGAGGAGCAGGAGCACUUUGUGGCCAAGCAAACCCUGGCUGACUACAAGGUCCUUCCUUGAGUCCUUGAGGCCGAAGACCCAGCCCCGAAGCCAGAACGGGGUGGGCAGCGCCGGCGGCCAUUCCCAAGCCUGAUGGGAACGACC